UCCAAAAGUUCUUGUUACAGCUCUGGCUUUGUGUAUUGCCAUAUUUGUGCGGGGCUCAUCUGCAACUGUUGGCUAUGAAGUUUGGGUGUGGACGAGCGAUGUCUGGUGGGCUGGUACCGAUGCCAAUGUCUUCGUUAUUCUUUAUGGACAUACGGGCACUUCGGGUAGCUUGAUAUUGGACUCGCCUAUUAAUGACUUUGAAAGGGGGAGUGUUGGAGCCUACUCGAUGGACACGGGUGUUGAUUAUGGUGUCAUAACUAAAAUACGCAUAGGACAUGAUAACGCUGGCAAUAGUGCGGGUUGGAAGUUUGCAAUGGCUCAGGUGACUGACCGUCAAAGUGGAACAGUGACAACGUUUACUUGUGAUUGCUGGGUGGAAAACUCACCAUAUUAUGUAGAACCUUUAGCGAUUGAAGUGAAUGGAGUUUGGAGUG